AUGAAAUGAACCUAGAUAAAGAAAAUCAGUUUAAAAAGAAUAGUCACUUGAACAAACAUCAGAAGCAUCAAUCAAAAAUCAAAGAUAUUCGUACAACAACACAGACAAACAAUACAGAUAACAGAGUAAACUCAGAAACACAAGAAAUAAGAAGUAUACAGAAACAAUAUUAUCCAGAUGAAGUCGAUAACAAGGAGACCAGUCUUACCCGUAACCUAGGAUUAUUUAAAGAUGUGGACGGAAUCCUUCGAUGCGACGGUCGUCUGACACACUCCGAUUUAUCGUAUGAUGCAAAGCACCCAAUUCUUCUGCCCAAAGAUUGCGAUUACACUACAAAUGUUAUAAGGAAAGCACAUGAGAACAACUAUCAUGUUGGUAUACCUCACACCCUUGAUAUAAUCAGACAACGCUUUUGGAUUCCACAAGGAAGAGCACAAGUACAAAAAUAUAUCCGUAAAUGCCAGCAAUGUGUGAAACAUGGCGGAGGACCCUACUCCUUACCAGAAACUCCUGCUUUACCACCUGAAAGAGUAAAGUAUGAGACAGCAUAUACAUAUGUAGGUGUAGAUUACUUUGGACCAAUGUAUGUUAAAGAAGAAACUCAACAAAAACGAUGGAUUUGCUUAUUCACUUGCUUAGUCGUUCGUGCUAUACAUUUGGAGCUAGUAAAAGACAUGACAGCAGAAGAAUGUUUACUAGCAUUUAGAAGAUUCAUGGCUACCAGAGGUGUUCCUACUCUGAUUGUAACAGACAACGCACUUCAAUUCAAACUACUAUCUGAACUAAUGACAACUAAAAGUUUAACAGAGGAAAAUAUACAAUGGAAAUUCAUCCCUCAGCUGGCCCCAUGGCAUGGGGGCGUAUACGAAAGAUUAGUGGGUGUUACCAAGCACUGUCUUAAACGAACACUACAGAAACAUCUAUUGAACGAUACCCAACUACUAACCGUUCUUAAAGAAGUGGAAAGUGUCGUCAACACAAGACCAUUAACCUACGUAGGUACUGGUUUGGAACAUGUAUUGAAACCAGCAGACUUCUUGACACCGGGAAAAUGUCUAGGACUACAGAUGUCAAUGAAGGAAACACCCGUUAACGCCACUACAACCAAACAACAACUCAUAGAAGGUUGGAGACGUGGUGAGACUAUCAUGAGAGAAUACAAGGACAUGUUCAUGAAUCAGUAUCUGCUUAGCUUAAGAGAACGUUACAAAAAUUCAACCAAACAACCCAGAGUUAAAACUCACAAUGAACCAUGUGUUGGGGACAUUGUACAAAUGAAAGGUGAUACUAAGAACAGAGAGAACUGGAAAGUAGGGAAGAUCGUUGAAUUAAUUAAAGGAGCUGAUGGAUUAUGUAGAGUCGCUCGAGUGAAGAUCGACAAUGGUACAUUUACGAGAUCCUUAUUACACUUAUACCCUUUGGAAGUAGAAGACGUUCCAACACCUAACAAUUUGUCUAAUCAUCAAUUAGAGGAAGAACCUACAACAAGGAUAAAAGAAAUGAAAUUAGAAGAAAGUACAGAUUCUUCAGUGAUACAAAGAGAGUUUUAUCCCGAUGUACAACUAGAAAUGGAGCUUGACACAGUUGACAGCAUGGACGUGGACACGGCACAUAGCAAUGAGAUGACAGAGGAGAACCUCAACGUUCCAAAUACAGACAAAGAUAUGAUAGAGUCAAACAUAGAGCAUAAAUGUGAUAAUAUAAACUUAGAAGCUGAUAUGGCUGAUGAAAACUAUGAGUCAGAAGUAAACCAGUCUGACAAUGAAAGGCAAAUGAGGGCUGCGGCGGUCCAAGCUAGGGAAAAAAUCCGAGAGUGGACCCGCCAUCUGAUGACCACACUUACUGCAUCGUUAUAGCUCGCUCGGCGGGUGUGUCGCGGACUCCCGCGAUGUGUACAUAUUUCAACAGGCAACACAUAUGACAGCUUCAAAUUAGUCUAUGGUGGUGGCAUAUAAUCCGGUGGAAGCUAUCAGCUGUGCUGAGAGCUUAUGGGCGAGAGAGCCACCGAGGUCAUAUCUUCAGCUCAAGGUAUGAAUCAUUUCCUUCUCAGUGUAACCAACCUCUUAUCUCAACAAUGUUAGCGAAGCAGAUGAUGAUGAUUUGUUAUAUUACUAAAAUGAUGUACAUGUCAGGUCAAAGGUAGAAUUGUACCUCAUUAUCUAGGACUGAAAUUGUUCUCCCAAAUUCACAAGCAAAUGAGAGCUCAGGCAAGAAACGU